UUAAUGGUAUCUUUAAUGGCUCAAAAGGCUGCUUACGUCCCUACCACAUUCGACGAAUUAGCACGUGAUGUAAAAAGUGGCGAAUUUUCGUGUGGAGCUCCAAACGGCGAAGCUAUUACUUCUUUUAUUUUGGAAUCAACAUUUGGGAAUGCAAAGAUAUUCAAGGAACAUAUAAUUUCCACCAAUAAUAUAUUCUAUAUAGAAGAGAUUUAUGAAAAAGUCAUGAAAGGCCGCUUUGCAUUCAUACAAACUGAUCUUUUCAUAGGAUUAAUAAGGAAAGAAAAUGAUUUCAGUGAAGUUUUAAUUUCAAAAGAUACACUUGUUACCUACACAACAGCAUACGGAGUAAGAAAAGGAUUUCCAUACAAGAAAUAUCUGGAUGAAAUGUAA